AUGCAUUUAUGUGAUUUUUUUAUAGAAUGUGCUUAAAUAGAACAGAAAAUAGAGCAAAACCGAUAAUUCUUAAUCUAACUACCCACUUUCCAUCCUUAUAAAGCAUUUAUUGAAUUAUAGGAUGGAAAUAACAAAAUUACAACUACCUCAUUAUCAUCUUAUCUAAAGAGUUAAGGAUUAUUAUGUACAGAAUAAGAAUGUUCUAUUUUUAUUUAAAAACCAUUCAAAUAUGUUGAUUUUUUAAGAACAAUACUCCCAACAGAUUAAACUUUAAGAAAAGUAAUAUCAAUCUAAGAACCUAAAUAAUAGUUAUCACCAGAAACAUAAUUGGCAUUAGCCAGACAUUUAAAUUAAUAAAUAGAUCUAAUGAAUUCUUUGAAAACAUCUAAAAAUGUAUUUUUUGAAGGAACUAUUCAAGAUGUUUAGAAAUAUUUUAAAGAUAAUUUAGCAUAUAUAAGUGAUAAGGAAUUAGAAUAAAUAUCUAGACUAUUAGAUUAAUAAGGUGAAGGAAUAAUAAGUACUUCACAAUUUAUAAAAAAGAAAAAUGAAGAAUAUGAUUUUACAUUCUCUACACCAAAAUAAGUAAAAAACAAUUUAUAAUCAAUGACAACUUAAAAAAAGAAGGAAUAAAAAUUGACAUAUAAUGGUAGAAGCAAUAAAAAACCUAUUCAAGAUUUAAAUAAUAGAGAUGAUAAUUAUUUAUCAAUUGAAUCUCCUUUAAUUCCUUUGGUAGCACUUAUGAGAAGAGAAAUUAAGUUGAAUUCACUUAAGAAAAGACUUUUAAGUUAGAAAACAUUUAAUUUUUUGGAUGCUUUUAAGGCUUUAGAUCAAAAUUCAAAUGGUUACAUAACAAUGCAAGAUUAUGAUAAAUUUUUAGAUCAAUAACAAGGAAGUUCAAAAUAUUUAUUUUAAUAAAAAAAAGAAUUAUAAUUUAGUGAUUUCUUAAAUUUAAUGAUGCUUAAUGAAAAUAUCUAAAUAUCUAAUAAAUUAUUUAUAGAUAAACCUAUAGAAGAGAUAUUUUCUAAUUAAACUUUGUAAUUAUUUAAAGAAUAUCUUGAGUUACUUUAAACACCACCUCCUAAAUUAAAUGGUUCUAAAGAUCUCUUUAAAUUAAUUGAUUCGGUUACAAGAGAUAAUUAUAUUAGUUCAACUGAUGUAUUUCAAUUAUAUUUAUUAAAUUAGCUUUAAUAAUAUCUUUAUAUGAAUGGUCUUCGAUAUACUGCUUCUGAAGUAAGUCUACUUAUAAAUAGGUAUGAUCAUAAUCGAGAUGGAAAACUAUGUUUCUUUGAAUUUUAAGACUUAUGA